UCUCAUUUCUGCCAAGACCCACCUACGCGCCACUUCUUUUCUGUUCGGAUUUCAAACAAUUUCACAAGUGAAAGAGCACUUUACAUGGGGACUGCUACGUUUGUUUUAAUAUCACCCUAGGAACAUAGUGAUAGACCCAGAGUGAAGGAAGCAGCAAAAUCUACAUAUACCUCUUCAGAGAUGGAUGUGGGAAUAUUGGAGAUCCCGGCAGAACUGUCGGCCAGAUUACGCAGUGCAGCAGGGCGUCCUCAAGGAUCAGGGGUGACUGAAGUAGCUCUACCAAAGGUCAAAGCAGAACACAACCUCUCAUUGCCUCAAGACAUUGACAGACACCCUUUCUCCCAAUAUGCCAACACAGUCCUGAAGGACGGAUGGUGCCAACAGCAGGGUUACCCACUUCAGAAGUCUUUGACAUCUCUGGACCCUGAUGAUACCCGUACAGCUCUAGAAAUCUAUAAACUGAUCCUGCGUUUCACAGGCGACUCAGAUCUGAUUGGCUGGCAAGAGCAGAUGUUGGGGAACUACAUUGUGGAGAAGAGCCAAAUUCGGCCAAGCAUAAGAGAUGAGAUUCUAUCCCAACUGGUCUACCUCACUUGGGACGGGGAUAAGGAGCAGAGUGUCCUGCGGGGCUGGUUGCUCCUGGCCUGCUGUCUGAGUGCCUUCACACCAUCUCCUGCCCUGGAGAAACCCUUGCUCAAGUAUGUGUCUGACCGGGGUCCAGGGGAGUACCGCUCCCUGUGCCAGCACAAGCUCCUCACAUCCCUCCAGCUCCCCUCUCCUGCCUGCAGGCAGCACCCUCCGAGUCAACUUGAGUGGACAGCCAAUCAGAGAAAGGGAAAGAUGGUGGUGGAGGUCAACACUUUCAUUGAGGAAAAGUUAACUGUGGAGGUGGAGUCUUGGACCACUGGGGAACAACUGGCUUCUUGGCUUCUUAGCAACAGAGGUCUGACUGAAGCUACACAGGGUUGGUCUGUGUCUCUGUUGGCUGGGGAGAGCUGGACUGACCUGGCAGGCUGCGACUUUGUCAUGGAUCUCCUGGCUGGAGUGGAGGCUGAUGUGCCCCUGGGUCACCCACCUGCUCAAACAGAUUACCUGUUUAGUGACACAAGCGACAGGAUGGCGACCACAGACCUGGACGACUUUAUACCACCUGCUCCCCUUAUGCAGGCCCCUGGUCUCCCCUCCUUUGAAGCAUCUCCAUGGGACACCUAUCAACCCUCUUCCACAUCCCAGGGAUCUCGUGGUCGGCAGAUGGAUGCUUAUGUUGAUGAUCUCUUUGAUCCUGUGUUUGAUCAUGGUCCUCCGGACUUUGAACGGAUGGCAAUGCUGAAUCGCAGAAUGAGAGGAGGAGGAGGUAUGAUGCCCAGCAUGUACACCGGAGCAGGAAUGCCAAUGAAUCCUGCUAUGGCUGGCUAUGCUCCAAUGAUGCCAAACAUGAUGCAAGCUACCAUGCCUAUGAUGCAGCCCAUGCCACCUAUGAUGAUGCCACAAGCCAUGCCACAAGCCAUGCCUGCUGCUGCACCGGCUAUCAAUACACAGCAAAUGGCUUCUCAGCAGCAGGCCUUUAUCAAUCAACAGGCUCAGCUUCUUGCUCAGCAGAUGACCAUGCAGGCAAUGACACUGUCCCAGAAGCAACAGCAGGAAGAGAUGCGAAAACGUGAGAAGGAGUCACAGAGAAAUGUACCACGCCAUCGACAGCGCUCUCCUCCACGUGAACGUUCACCUUCACGCUCCCGCUCACCCUCACCCAAACCCCGAAGCCGCCCCCAAGCAGAAAGAGCCAUCCCUCAGACUGCGAAAAAAGCCCCAGAGCCGCCUCCAAAGCCCCGUAGCCCUGAGCCUAUAACAGAUGUGGAUCUUAAGGCCCCGGAAGAUCAAGGGUCCUUUCAAGAGAAGAGGAAUUUUUUUCAAAAGAUUGGUACGUCAGAAGCCCGCCCAAAACCUGCGCCAAAGGUUGCUAAGCCACUGAUAUACGCCACUCCACCGCUGUCCCAACCCAAAUCACCUCCAGUAAAGACAGAAGUGAAACCAUUCCCAGAACCUCCUAAACAUCAAGAACCUGAACCAGAAUCUCCAGAACCCACAUCUCCUAAACCAGAACCUACCAGCAACAUUAGAGAGAUCAUUAAGCUGUACCAGAAUCGGCCCACUCCAGAACCUAAAGCCUUUGAGCCUGUCAGGGUUCCAGCCAAGCACUUUGUAAAGAAAAAUGACCCCAAAGAAGAGGCACUGGCCAUUCUUAAAGCUCAGGGACCUGUCACUAAAGAGAAGAAACAGUGGAAAGAGAUGCCUCCUCCGGCCCCUGAGUCCCAUGGCCGUCGCACUAUCUCCAGUGAAAUGAAACAGAAGCAGCGUUCACUAGCUGAUCUCUUCGGCUCGCAGCGCUCACAGGCUCUGCCUCGAGUUCUUGACCCCAUCCCUCCUCCACCUCCCCAAAUCCCUGACCCGCCACCGAUGCCUGCACCUGAACUUAAUCAGUUCAGCCAGAUGGCCGAGGAGGAGAGUGUUCGUUCCCAAUUGCACAGAUUCUCUGCCAGCGUCUACUUCUCCUACCCCAGUAUGCCUGCCAAACUCUUCCUGCGCAAGGAGCUAUUUUAUCCCAGAGAAAAAUUCAACAACCUAUACAUCCUUAAUUUACUCUGCGAGCAGAUCAUGCGAGACACUUACUCGGAUUCUUGUCUGAGGAUUUCACGUGAGGAGCGGCGUAAAAUGAAAGACCUGUUGGCGAGCUUCCAUAUCAGAACCAAUAUCAGUUCUCUAGAUGAUGAUGCAAUGAAGAAAAGAAUUGUCAUGGCAGCAAGAGACAACUGGACCAAUUACUUUUCACGUCUCUUUAAUGUGAAGCUGGGAAAUGGAGAUGCACAGGUUCUGGGAGUGUCUCAUCGAGGAAUCAGACUGCUAAAGGUGGCCAGAGCUUCAGGCAUAAAUCCCAAACACCUCAAACUGCUCCACAGCUACAGUUACUCACAGAUGUUGUCGGUACAGCAGAAAGAGGCUGGAAAAGUUGUGAUCACUAUAAGUAAUGAAGAAUUGGAACUUCACUCCCAAAAGGCUUCACAGAUCGCUGCUGUGAUUCGUCUCUUCCUCAUGGAGCUGAUUAAGAACUCAGACUAUGUGAUCGCUGUGAAGAGCUAUGUAACAGAUGACAGGAGCUUGCUGAGCUUUCGCAGAGGCGAUGUCAUCAAACUGUUAAACAUGGAUGGACUCAAUGAUGGAUGGAUGUUUGGUUCCAGUGGGGGCCGUUCUGGACUCUUCCCGUUGGACGUCACUCAGCCUUGUGCCCCACCAGACUACCACAGCAACAACAUGGAGCGGCAGCUUGAACGAAAAAAGAGUAUGAGACUCACCGUCUCUUCCAAUGGCCCCGUCACCAACAUUCCUGUUAAUGGCACUGUGACCAAUGUACCUGCCAAUGGCUCCCUCUCCAACAUCCCUGUUGCCCGCUCCGUGGCUGCCAGCAGUGAAUACAGUGUGGAGGUGGCAUCCAUCCACAGAUCUGAAUCAGAACGUCAGCAUUAUAUCAUGGCUGAGUUUGCUAGGAAGUUCUUCGCCGAUUCUAUCACCAGACCAAACAUGAAAGACAAAAAUCUAAAUGAGAUGGUGGGAUUCACUCCAAAUCCCAUUCAGGAAUCGCUAAUCCAUUUCUCAGAUAAUGAUCUCAAUCGUCUGGGUUCUCAAAACUUCAUGUUUAUUAUGCAGUUUAUGUUGGAUCAGCCUAUGAAGAAAAAUCAGACAGAGAGUGACUGUGUGAACUUCAUUUUGCAGCUGGGAAAAGAGAAGGAGUUCCUCAGGGAUGAGAUCUACUGUCAGGUCAUCAAGCAGACCACCAAACACCCAGUCAACGAGAACUGCUCCCGUGGCUGGCGUUUGUUCAGUCUGGUGACUGGAUUCUUCCCCUGUUCCAACACUCUCCUUUCGUAUUGCACCCGCCACCUGGAGAACAUCAUUCAGGAUGCCAACCACCCGUUUCAAGAACUGGCAAAUGUGUGUGCAUUGAAUCUCAGACGAUCACUCAGUUUUGGAGGACGCAGGCACAUCCCUUCACAUUCAGAGAUGGAGGCCAUUUUGGCUAUGAGGAGCUGUCGUCGGCUGCCCAUCGCGCUGCCUGAUGGAACCGAAUUUCCCUGCAAGAUUCACAGCUUUAGUGUUGCAUUUGAGGUGUUACAAGAGUUUUGCGCUGAGAUGGCUGUCAUAAAUACAGCAGAAGUGAAGGAAUUUUCCAUCUAUGCUACUAAAAAAGGGGAUGAUGUGUCACGCCCAAUUCACUCUGAUGAGUAUCUAUUUGACUUCCUGCUGGAUGAUGGCUCGAUCUCCCUCUCCUUUCGUCGCAUAAUAUGGAAACAGCCACUCCAGUUCAGCAAUGAUCUUUACCUGGGGUUCCACUAUCAGCUGUUUGUGACCAAUUACCUGCAAGGGAGGGUGUUGCUGCCCAUGAACAGCUCUACAAUCUAUCAGCUGGUGGCAGAGUUGACCGCUCUCCAACACCUUGCGCAUGGACUGACUGAUCUACCAUCCAACUCUGAGGUAAAGCAGUACCUUCCCCGGAAGGAUGGGCUCAACUCCAGCGAUGAAAGGCUUCUUGCUACAAUACGGGCACAGUUUUCUACCUUAGGCCCCCUCAGCCCUCUUGAUGCUAAAGCCCGCUUUAUCAAAACUGUCAGUUCGCUACCUUUCUAUGGAUUUGAUAUAUUCACUGCUCAGAAAGUAAGUCAUCACAGCUGCCCCUCUCCUUCGCUGAUCGCUGUCAACCAUGAAGUUAUCACGAUCAUUGAUCCCAAAUCACAGAACGCAUGUUUGACAGUGUCUCUAGAGGAUGUGCAGUCCUUGCGCUCAAUCCGUCCCAAAAAAGACAAGCUGCAAUCAGUUGAGAUCAUAUUUAGUGGCCAAACUCAACCUAGGACUCUCAGCUUCAAUCUAAAGCAGGCAAAAGAACUAUGCCAUACCAUUGCUGUGAUUAUAGAAGAGGUGGUGAAACCCUCCUACAGCAGCAUGUCCAGUCGGGCUGGGACCCCAUUUUAAACAACCGACAAAUGCAAACGUCACCUAAUAUCCCAUGACUUACCCUGAGUUCAAAUAUGUCUCCUGCCAUAUAUUAUUAUAGACAUUAUAUUUCAUAAAUAUGUAGAAAAGUUUACAUAAGAUCAAAGCAAAUUCUUACCAAGUGUUUAAUUAAUUAUAUUCAGGGUAAUCAACAAGGGAUCUGUAAAAAUACUAGGGGUUUGCAGCGAUGUAAACAGCAUAAAUACAUUUUUUGGAAUGAAAAUUAAUAAUUUGGUAAGCAUUAUUUAAUGUAGUAAUUUUUUUAUUUUAUUUUUUGUAUUAAAAUUUUUUUUUAAUUUGGUAAUCUUAGAAUGUAUACCACCAAAUGAUUUGUGAUUAUAUUUAUUAUAACCUGUCUGACCUGUUUUGUAUAUGUGUUAAAAUUAUGUUUAAUUAUUAACGUCCAAUUAAAAUAAAAUGUUUUAGUGAGUAUAGAAAUGUAUCUA